AUGGCUCGCAAUACCAUGAAAAUGAUUCUUAACGACUUUGACGGUGAUGACGAAUUGCAGGUAAUAAUGAUAGUUGCAAUGGAAGAAGAGCGACUCAAUAGAGAAAGAUGUUCGAGAAGACGUAGUGGUUCCAUUGAAGGCCAUGCAGUUAUUUAUCACGAUCGAGUUCAAGGCCAUGAGAGACUUUAUCAAGACUACUUCUCAGAAACAGCUAUAUAUCCUGCCCAUUUAUUCAGGAGGAGAUUCCGGAUGAAUCGAUCUCUCUUUCUUCAUAUUCUAUCUACAGUGGAAGCAUACGAUCCAUAUUUUGUCCAGAAAACAGAUGCUGUUGGAAUCAUUGCUGCUAUGAGAAUGCUCGCUUAUGGAGUAGCAGCAGAUUCGGUGGAUGAUUAUGUGAGAAUUGGUGAAAGCACCGCCAUAGAGAAUCUAAAACACUUUGUUAAGGCGGUGGUUGCAAUGUUUUCUGAGACGUACUUGAGGAGCCCUAACAACGAUGAUAUUUCAAGAUUAUUAGCGAUGGGAAGCAAUCGCGAGUUUCCUGGUCGUGCUCCUCCAGUCAAUUACUCAAUCAAUGGAAAUGAUUAUACAAUGGGAUACUAUCGUGCCGAUGGUAUAUAUCUGCAAUGGGCAACAUUUGUCAAAACAAUCUCAUCUCCACAAGGGAAUAAGCAAAUGUAUUUUGCAAAAGCUCAAGAAUCGGCAAGGAAGGAUGUUGAGUGA